AUGAGAAAAGUUUUGAUUGCAUUAGCAAUAAUCACAUUCUGCUCAGCUUUAAAUCUCUAAAAUGUUCUAACUAAGUUAGGCUAUCAAGAAGAAACAAACUAUUUUGGUUUUAAGGUACUUACAAAAGAGUUUGAGGAUUUUGUCGAUACUGUUUUGAUUGAUGGUUUUAAGACAGUUUUUGAAGAUCCCUCACUUUAUGCUACUUUUAUGAAAACAAUCAGCUCAUUUACUUUAGAAGAUAAAAAAGGCGCUUUCAUUUAAUGUUCUAAAGGUUCUAAGCCAGGAUUUUUCAAAUUUUUAGCUGACUAAGAUGGUGUUGUUGGUCCUAAUGGUUCUGAAACUAUUGUGUUGACACCCAAAGAAGGUGACUGUUUUGAUUAAGUCACUGUCUAAUACACUAAAAUAAAUGAUCAAAGUGUAGAAUUAAUCUUCACUUCAGGUAACAGAAGAAAUGAUACUGCUGAUAACUGUAAGGAAUCUUACGUUAUUGGAUCUACAAUGAAUUAUUAUUCUCUUGCUUUAGGCAAACCCAAUAAAUCUCAUAAAUGGACUUUAAAAAAUUUGAAGCCUUAAAAUAUUAAAUCUAUUGAAGAAUUUGGCUUAAGAGUAUUUAAAACUUGCGAUAAAUUCUCCAAUAUUUUACCUGAUGUUUUACUUAGUUUGGGUCUUUCCUUAGGUGGAUUAGGUUUAAAUCCUGAUAUUCCCUUUUUCGGAUCAAAGCCAAGCUGGUGGAUGGAAGUACUUAAUCCCUUGUUUAUUUAAUAGGCAACUGGUUAUUUAUGGCUUAGAAGAGAAGACAAAUAUGUUGAUUUAGAUGAGACUGAAGUCCAUCCUGGUGAUUUAAUUAUUGCUACUAGAAUGGAUGGAUUAGAUUAGUUGAUUUAAUGGGGUACUGGCUCUAGAAGUGGCCACUCUGUAACCUUAUUAGAGAUUGAUGGAGAACUUCGUACUGUAGAAUCUCAGGACUCUACUUACUGGCCCAAGCAUGGUAUAUAGAGAAAUACUUGGAAAGAUUGGAAAUAGUGGGCUAAAAAUGCUGGAUUUAAUGUUGCUGUUUUACCAUUAAGUGAAGAAAAUAGAAAAAAAUUCAAUAAUACAGCUGCUGUUGAAUACUUCUUAAAUCUUGAAGGAACCCCUUAUGGCUACUCUACCUUCUUGUACGGUUGGGUUGAUACUGAAAACAAAAGUUUACCUGCUAUCCUUGAUGUCAACUUUGUUUACUCUGCUUUAACUCUUGUUGAAAAAUUCUACCCAUCUAUACCUAAAUCAAUCAUCAACGAAGGUCUCAACCAUAGACUCGGAACUUAAGAUUUGAACUUAGUUUAGUUAUAUGAGGUCAUGUACUAAAAAAACCUCACUAUUGCUGAAGUUUUUGCUAUCCCUGAAUAAGACUCUUGGUUAUAUUCUUAUGGUCACUCUUUAGUUUGUUCUGCCUUUGUUGCAGGUGUUUGGAGAGCUGGUGGUCUUUUUGGUGACCUCUAAAUAAAUGUAUCUGAAUUUACCCCAAGAGAUGUUUAUUAAAUGAAAUUCUUCGAUAAGAACUUCAAAAAGCCUGAAAAAUGUCAUAAAGACGGUCUUCCUUACUGUUAAAUAAUGGGAAAAUUCGUUAUGGAUGUUAUAACUGAUGGAUACAAUAGCAUAACCCCUUAUGAACACAUGAAUGAACAUUGUCCUUCCCAACCUCCUUUUUAUUUGCGUACUUAAGGAUGUUGA